AUGUGUGUGGUGGCGGCGGCCGAAACCUGGAGUGCGGCGCUGAGAGGCCUAUGGAUGAGGAGGACGCGGCGGCCCCGGUUUGUUCUCAUGAACAAGAUGGAUGACCUCAACCUGCACUACCGGUUUCUAAACUGGCGCCGGCGGAUCCGGGAGAUUCGGGAAGUCCGUGCUUUUCGAUAUCAGGAGAGGUUCAAGCACAUUCUCGUAGAUGGAGACACUCUGAGUUACCAUGGAAACUCUGGUGAAGUUGGCUGCUAUGUGGCUUCUCGACCCCUGACCAAGGACAGCAAUUAUUUUGAGGUGUCUAUUGUGGACAGCGGGGUACGGGGCACCAUAGCUGUGGGCCUGGUUCCUCAGUACUACAGCCUGGAUCACCAGCCUGGCUGGCUGCCUGACUCCGUAGCCUACCAUGCUGACGACGGCAAGCUGUACAAUGGCCGAGCCAAAGGUCGCCAGUUUGGGUCAAAGUGCAACUCUGGGGACCGAAUUGGUUGUGGCAUUGAGCCUGUGUCCUUUGAUGUGCAGACUGCCCAGAUAUUCUUCACCAAGAACGGGAAGCGGGUGGGCUCUACCAUCAUGCCCAUGUCCCCAGAUGGGCUGUUCCCAGCAGUGGGCAUGCACUCCCUGGGUGAGGAGGUGCGACUACACCUCAAUGCUGAGCUGGGCCGUGAGGACGACAGCGUCAUGAUGGUGGACAGUUACGAAGACGAAUGGGGCCGGCUGCACGACGUCAGAGUCUGUGGAACUCUCAGCCUUCUUCUCCACCCUCUGGCCUUCUCACCCCAACCCGGGCUGUUUUCAACUCAGCUUUUGAGAGCAAAACAGAAGCAGUGGGGGGUGGAAAUGGAUUAUGAGCAAGACUCUCCCCUUCUGGAGUUCAAGCUGCUGGAGUACUUGGGCAAGGGCAAGAGCAUUGUCGACGUGGGGCUGGCUCAGGCCCGGCGCCCGCUCAGCACCCGGAGCCACUACUUCGAGGUGGAGAUCGUGGACCCUGGAGAGAAAUGCUACAUCGCCUUGGGACUGGCCCGGAAGGAUUAUCCCAAGAACAGGCACCCAGGAUGGAGCAGAGGGUCUGUGGCUUAUCACGCAGAUGACGGCAAGAUCUUCCAUGGCAGUGGCGUGGGGGACCCCUUCGGGCCGCGCUGUUAUAAAGGGGACAUUAUGGGCUGUGGAAUUAUGUUUCCCCGGGACUACAUUCUGGACAGCGAGGGUGACAGUGAUGACAGCUGUGACACAGUGAUCCUGUCCCCGACCGCCCGAGCCGUCCGGAACGUCCGGAAUGUCAUGUACCUGCACCAGGAAGGGGAGGAGGAAGAGGAGGAAGAGGAAGAGGAAGAAGAUGGGGAAGAGAUAGAGCAGGAGCAUGAGGGCAAGAAGGUGGUGGUUUUCUUCACUCGGAAUGGCAAGAUCAUUGGCAAGAAGGAUGCCGUGGUACCUUCUGGGGGUUUCUUCCCCACCAUUGGGAUGCUGAGCUGUGGGGAGAAAGUCAAAGUGGACCUGCAUCCCCUGAGUGGCUAGGAGCUCCUCCCUCGCCUGCGCCUUCCCCCUGCUUACCCUGUGCAGGACCAGGUAGGCAGUGCGGGGACUUCCACGAGGAUUGGCUUAGCAAGUGGCCCCUGGGGGUACAUGGCCACUGCACCUACCAGAUUAGGCCCUGCCAGGCUCCCCUGUGUCCAUCUUUCUGACCUGGUGCUGCCCCAUCAUCAGUCCCUGGGCCUGAGCCCCUGGUGGGACAGGGCAGGCUCACAGACGGCUGUUGCUGUAUUGGUGGGUCCCACCGGCUUGGGCUCUCGCAUCCUCCUUUCCCCACCGGCCCUGGUGGGUGGCAAGGCGUGGGCGCCCUGUCUCAGCUGCUCUUUGGGCAUGUGGCUUUGCAGAGGGUGGAGGAUAGACGGCCCCUCCCGUUUACCACAGUGUUUCCCUUGCACUCUUCUGUUUCUGCUCCUGGUCCUUACCACGUGGCCCAGUUGCUGCUGUCAUCUCCCCUGGCUGGGCUAGGGGACUCUUCUCAUCGGCCGCCGGCCUACACAGACCCCUGUAGGGCCUCCACUCUUUCCCCGGAGUGCCGGCUUCCUCCCAGCUGUACAUAGAUGGGCUCCCGUUAGCUGUUUCAUGGCACGACGGGGGGGCUAUGGGGAGCACUGGGGCCCUUGCUCCUAUCUCCACCUCCCAUUCUCGGCUCACCUGUGGCACCCUUGUCCCUGGUUCUCUGGCAUGCAGGCCGAGCUGGGAGCACGUCUCCUGCUGUGGUGAGGGCAGACCUCAGCUUGGCCCCUUUUCCUGUCCCACCCUGUCCCCAUGUGCUGCCUGUGCCAGUUGCCUGUUUUGCUUCAGUGUUUGAUUCUAGCACUUACAUGUGUUUCUCCCCCAGACACCCCCAUCUCUAGCCCCUUGACCUUCGGCCCCUACCCCUGCAGUGACUUCUCCUGGGAGGAAGCGGGAGCAGGAGCUGUGGGUUGGUUUGCACAGAGUGGGGAGGGAUCGGGGGAGGUGGGUGAGUGGUUGUGCUGCUGGGGCCUCCCCUGGGCCCUCCCUUCAGGCCCUGCACUAUGAUGUAUGAAAUGUAUGUACAGACCAGAGAUGUUUAUACAGCCAAUAAAGACGGAGUUUCCGUAUUUAUCAGUACAGCCGGGACCGGGGAGUCCUUUCUAGUACCUCAGGAUGGAAACAGGGCAGAAGAUGGGGGCUGCGUGGUCACUGGGGGUAUGACAUCAAGGAUGGGGGUCAUGUUUGUUCCAUGGACCUGGCCGUGGGCCUGGGCAGCCCCCAGGAAGCAUGGGAGACGUGAGGCACUGGCCUUCCUCUGACCGCGGCGUAGCUCCAGCCUG